GACGGCCGCGCAGAGGCCGGCGGGCCCGCCCCCAAGGUCCUGAGAGCCCGGACUUCCGCCUCAGGCCCCGAACUCCUCCCUGCGCAAGCCAGCCCAGCCCAGCAAGAGGCUCCACGCGCCGAGUCUGAGUCUCCUCAGCGCCCGUAGUUCUUGAACUUUGACCGCCCUCAGAGCCGGCGCUAGGGGAUGGCACGCAUGCGUCGUUCCUUUCAAUGGCUGGCGCCCUCAUCCUAGCCGCGGCGGGGGGAGCGGUGGCGGUGUUCCUGGCCCUGCGGCUAUGGGCAGUGCUUCAUUCGCGGGUCUCUGGGCCCCGGGAGUCUCUCAGUCUCCUAGUGGUCGCUGGGUCCGGUGGGCAUACCACUGAGAUCCUGAGGCUGCUUGAGAGCUUGUCUAAUGCUUACUCUCCUAGACACUAUGUCAUUGCUGACACUGAUGAAAUGAGUGCCCAUAAAAUAAAUUCUUUUGAACUAAAUCGAGCUGAUAGAGACCCCAGUACCACGUUUCCCGAAUACUUUAUUCACCGCAUUCCCAGGAGCCGUGAGGUCCACCAGUCCUGGCUCUCCACAGUACUCACCACCUUGUACUCCAUGUGGCUCUCCUUUCCCCUGACUCACCGAGUGAAGCCAGAUUUGGUGUUGUGUAACGGACCGGGAACAUGUGUUCCUAUCUGUAUAUCUGCCCUUCUCCUUGGGAUACUAGGAAUAAAGAAAGUGAUCAUUGUCUACGUUGAAAGCAUCUGCCGAGUAGAAGAUUUAUCCCUGUCGGGAAAGAUCCUGUUUCACCUCUCCGAUUACUUCAUUGUUCAGUGGCCGACUCUUAAGGAGAAAUAUCCCAAAUCUGUGUACCUCGGGCGAAUUGUUUGACAAAUGACAACUUACUGCUUUAGAAUUUUGCAGUCAACAAUAUUUAUGUUUCAGGGAAAGAAAACUACAUGUUUAUUGUGAAGGCUUCUGAAAGUUCUGAGAAUUAGUGGUGGUCAGGAGUGAAAAAUGUGUAAAUAACCCAGUGAAGAAAAUGAGGGCACUCUUAGAAAACAAACAUUAAUACACCAUUAGGCCUCUGUGCACCAAAUUUCUUUUCUAUAUAAAAAUAUCUGGGCCAGCUUUGGUGGCCUAGUGGUUAAGUUCAGCACACACUGUUUCAGUGGCCCAGGUUCGAUUCCCAGGCACAGAUCUACACUGCUCUGUUAGCGUCCAUGCUGUGCUGGUUGUCCACAUACUAAAAAAUAGAGGAAGAUUGGCAUGGGUGUUAGCUCAGGGCGAAUCUUCAUCAGCAAAAAAAAAAGAAAAAGUAAAAUCUAUCACUAUCUGCAAGUUAUCUUCUGACUUGUUUUACUAAUAUUUUUUUCUAGAACUAAAUCUAGAAUUUCUAUGAUUAGUAACAUUUCCUGUUCUGCAGCUUUUUUUUUUUUUUUUUUACAGUAUUCUGCAUUAUAAAAAGAAAAGAAAAAGAAAGGAAUUUCUUCGUUUUUGUUCAGAUACAAUAGGCUCUAUUUCCUGUAUGGAAGCAGCGAAGUCCCUAGUGAACCGGUUCUCUCAGUGUCAAGGAAGCAGUUGUGUUAAACUGGCUUCACAACAAUUUGUACUCCACAGGCUUCUAGAACCUUGAGCCUAAACCAGUGUCUUUUUUUGUUCUUUGGUUUUGCUUUGUGAGUUGUUGCCCUCAAUCCAGAAUAUCUUUUUAAAAAUGUCUUGUUUAAUUGUUAAAAUAAAUUAAAAGGUGACUCCUGUCAGAGUAAUAAAACCAUAAUUCUGUUUAUCAGAAAUCCAAACUCUCCAAACAUCAAAAAAAUGUUUUAGUAAAUUCACAACAUCAUGGCUGUAGUCAUCUCUGGCAUUUUGAGAUGUUUAGGCUCAGUCAGGUAUCUGUUUAAUAAACAUUUAUAUAGUGCUUGCUGUAUGCCAGGUAUUCUUCUAAGCCCUUUUCAAAUAUUAAUUCAUUUAAUUCUGAUGAUAGCACAGUGAGGUAGGCACUGUUAUUAACCCCAUUUUACAGAUGACUUGUCCAAGAUCCCAUGACUAGUAAGUGGCAAAGCCAGGAUUCAAGCCCAGGCAGCCUGUCUUGAGAGCAAAGCCAGUUUCAUGGGCAUGUGGCCUGUGCAGUCACAUGGGGAUCCACACUUAGGAGGCCCCUGCAUUGGUUUAAUACUCUGCUGUCACCCUCUUGAAUUUCUUAAUAUAUUUUGAACAAGGGACCCACGUUUUAUUUUGCACUGAACCCCACAAAUUAUUUACCUGGUCCUGCUUGAGAAGCUGUGCUCUGAAUGAUGCCAUGUCAGCUGCAACGGAAGUAGCUCACCCAGUGUGGGGCCUGGCCCAGGGGACUCCUCGGUUAAUGGGAAUUCAGUCCCCUCCCUGGAAGCUCUGCUCCCUUAACAAGGCAACAGACAAGGAGAAGACCUCUUGUAGUAGUUGAGUUUUUAAUGUUUUCCUCUUAAAUCUUUUUUGUAAGUUUGAUUUAAAUCUAAUAAAGAAAUGGUAAGAAACUGGUGAA